AUGUUAAUAAAUAAUAUUAAAAUUCUUCAAGGAAUAAUAAUUGGUUUAUGUGUUUUUCUUUGUUCAAUAAUCUUAAUAAUAACACUUUAUUUAUUAUAUCGUUAUCGAAAAGAAUCAAAUGAUUUUCAAGAGAAAACAAAUUCAAAUAUUAUUGAAAUAAAACCAAAUAAUUAUUCAUUAACAAAUGAAACAACAUCAACAAUAAUUGAAGAUUUUAUGAGAAAAAGUUUAGAAUUAGCUCAAACUCUUGAAAAAGUUGCUGAUGAAAAAGAAAAAGGAAUUAGUUUAAAAGAGAAAAUCGAAAUUGAUUUACAAUCAUAA